AUGAUGGCCACCGGGUCUCGCGAUUCCUCAGUUCGCGAGGCGAAAGUCUUCGUCAAGGAAGUCGUCCGCAAUGACUGGGAUUUCGAAACCGGCGCUCCCUCCCCGUCGUCCGCCGAUGGCACGCUUUGCCAUAACCGUGAAGUGUGCGAAUGGCGAGUUCGAGAAUUCGACACCCCAGCUUCAGAACUUGAGCCACAGAGUUCAGAUAGCGAGCCAGAAUAUGAACAGUCAGCGCUGAACCCACCUGGAGAUGCGGGCAUCGAGCGGCGUCGCAAGCGCCGUCGACAAAUGGACGACGAAAUGGCAUGGAACGAAGGGCUACGCGUAUGGAUGGCCAGACGCGAUGCGUGGUGUGGUGCGAAGACCCGGCGACAGAUUCGCGCGGAGGAGGAAAAGCGCGCGUUGGCUGGUGCGCAGACAUAUACAACAGAUCAAUCCGAUGGCGCGGGAUUGGGAGAAAAUGAUGUGACUUCGUCUGCUUCAUCCCAAUCUGCGAAACUGCCUAGCCAAGGUAGUGAGGGUAUUGGCGCCUCUGACCUGGCGACCCGAACCAACACGUCACUCUCUAUCGCGGAUCGGGAGAAAAGUGAGGAGCUCCAGCAUCGAGCAGAUCUGACUUCCGGACAGCAAGAAGAUCAGGAGGAAGGAUUGUCUACCACGCCAGACGAGGGGGCUAAACCGAAGAUCUCGUCAGAUACCAAUAUCACAGUGCCGGAUCAGAAACUUGCCUCAAUCGUGCCUACUCGGCCAACCUUACCGGCUGUGGAGGACCAAACAGAAGAAGAGAAAGAAGAAGAAGAGCUUGACGAACCACUUUGCCCCGUUGCCCCGCCUUUCAUUUCAAACGAUAACCCAGUUCGCGCAACCAUCAAUCCCGCAAUCUACCCUUCAAUCUAUACUAAGGUUGUCGUACAAGGCAUGACCCCCACCAUCCCCGUCAACCUCGCCCAUUUGACCAAAGCCAUGGUACAAGGCUGGAAAUCAGACGGGCAGUGGCCACCAAAGCCAGCUGUGACAUCGAUUGUCCUUGCCGAUGAUGCAUCCGUGCCUAAGAAAAACACAGCUGCUGAGGAGGCGCCACAGGGCAGGAGAAAGAACAGCAUUACCAAUGCUGUGAAAAAAGUCUUCCAUUUUGGAACGCAUCCCUUCCAUCGCCGCGGCAGCCAGGAUACUGGGGCCGGAGCCGGUGCCACUGGCCCGACGGCCUAA